AACUUCCUGCUGGUUUCUUCUUCAGAUCAAUCUUUGUAUGUUCAGACAGUGCKCUGACACAACGUGUGUUUGACUUGGAGCUGGAUCAAUAAAGGUGAACUUUGGACCUUAAACCCGGGUUUAAAUGGCCGCCGUGGCCCUGAGGAGCUGCUCUGCUUUCAGCUUUGUCAGAUUCAGGAGUCUGAUCAGAUCCAGUGUUCCCAUUCUGACCGUCCACACCACAGGGUCUACCACUAUGGGUGUGACGGUGGAGGAGUUUGAACAGGCGAAGAACAAACUGUCGAGUCUGAAGAAAGACCCGGGGAACGAGGUCAAACUGAAGAUCUAUGGUCUCUUCAAACAGGCCACUCAGGGUCCCUGCAACACCCCCAAACCAGGGAUGCUGGACUUUGUGAACAAGGCCAAAUGGGACACCUGGAAGUCUCUGGGCUCCAUGUCUCAGGAUGAAGCCCGGCAGCAAUACUGUAAUCUGAUUGGCUCCCUGCUGGAGACAGAGGGACGAAGCUCCGCCCAGGUGGCUGCAACACCUGCCGAUGGAGUGAUGUACAAGACGCUGAUGGUGACUACAGAGAAUAACAUCACCACCAUCAAACUGAACCGACCGGCCAAGAAAAACGCCAUUACAACUGAAAUGUACAACGAGAUCAUGGCAGCUCUGGAGCAGGCAGCUAAAGACSACUCAGUCAUCACAGUUUUUACUGGAGCUGGAGAUUACUACUGCAGUGGGAACGACCUCACCAACUUCACCGAGAUCGGAGAGGGAGGGAUGGAGGCCUCGGCCAAACGUGGUGCCGACUUGCUCAGGAAGUACGUGAGGGCCUACAUCGACUUCCCGAAGCCGCUGGUCGCCGUGGUGAACGGACCAGCUGUUGGAAUCUCUGUCACCGUGUUGGGUCUCUUUGAUCUGGUCUACGCCACAGAGAGGGCCACCUUCCACACCCCCUUCACUCAGCUGGGCCAGAGCGCCGAGGGCUGCUCCUCCUACACCUUCCCCAAACUUAUGGGCGGCGCCAAGGCCAGUGAGAUGCUGCUGUUCAACAAGAAGCUGACUGCGGUUCAGGCCUGUAGACUGGGUCUGGUUACUGAGGUCUUCCCUGACAGCAGCUUCCAGUCUGAGGUCUGGAGCAGACUGAAGGCCUACGCUGAGCUGCCUCGCAACUCUCUGGCUCUGUCCAAACAGCUGGUCCGUUCUGUGGACAAGGAGCAUCUGUACAAAGUGAACGAUGCAGAGGUGGAGCUGCUGAUGGAGCGCUGGUUGUCAGACGAGUGUCUGAGCGCCGUCAUGAGCUUCUUCCAGACCAAAGCCAGGCUGUGAUGGAGCUGCAGGAGGUGAAGCCAGGCUGUGAUGGAGCUGCAGGAGGUGAAGCCAGGCUGUGAUGGAGCUGCAGGA